AUGGUAUACUUUCUUUCAGUUCCCCUUACUGAAAAAAUUGCAAAACUUGAAAAUCUGGAGCCAAGAACUGAAUACAAGGUCUGUGUUCAGCUAGGUCGUAAAGGAGAUGCAGGUGUUGGUCAUCCAGGACCUGAAAGUCUCUUCACCACAGAAGCAUUUGGUCUUCCACCUCCAAAAGAUAUCAGUUUGACACCUAACAGCCAGACAUCUCUAGACUUGACUUGGCUGCCCAACUGGGAAGGCUCUGAAGAAGAACACAUCAAUCAGGCUGAGUGCUUAAGUCCAGACAUUUCCGAAACCACCCUUUAUAAAACAGCCCCAGGAAAUAAAACUGGGAUUAAUAUAGAUGGCCUCAAGCCGAAGACAUUGUAUCAAUGUAGGGUGAGAGUAAACACAAAAUCCCAAGGUGAAUGGAGUGAACCAAUGUUUGCAUGGACAUACAGUGACCAGGUUCCACCACCACCCUCAAAUAUCAAUGUAUUAAAUGUCACGGAUUCAACAGCCAUUAUCACCUGGUCCAUUCAAGAAGGUCAUUCCAUCACAACUGUCAUUAUCCGCUAUAAAAUCUUUGGUGACACAGGGUACAAUCAUGACAUUAAGAUCAGAAAUAUAACCAUUACCCAAUACCAGCUGAAGGGACUUGAAGCUGACACACUUUAUCUGAUUGAACUAUGUACGGAGAACAAUGUUGGGCAAAGCAAUUCCAAUCCAAUCCGAGAUGUGAGAACCCGUCAAGAAGUCAGAGGUGCUUAUGAGUCAAAAGACAGUAAUAUGCUCCUCAUUGCUAUUUUGGGCUCUGCUGGUAUGACCUGUCUGACAAUAUUACUUGCAUUUCUAAUAAUGCUGCAGCUGAAGCGAGCCAAUUUCCAGCACAGAAUGGCACAAGCUUUCCAGAAUGGAAGAGAUGAACCAAUAGUGCAGUUCAAUGCUACAACACUCAAUCAUUUAAGGAAAGCUAAGAACAGCCCUGAUCCUGUAGAAUACCCUGUCUUGGAAUGGAAUGACAUUAAGUUCCAGGAUGUGAUUGGAGAAGGGAAUUUUGGGCAAGUUCUCAAGGCCCGUAUCAAAAAAGACGGCUUACGCAUGGAUGCCGCCAUCAAAAGAAUGAAAGAGUAUGCAUCUAAAGAUGACCACAGGGAUUUUGCAGGAGAGCUAGAAGUGCUGUGUAAACUUGGUAGUCACCCUAAUAUUAUUAAUCUUCUGGGAGCCUGUGAGCAUCGAGGCUACUUAUACUUGGCAAUAGAGUAUGCUCCUCAUGGCAACCUUCUUGAUUUUCUCCGGAAAAGUAGAGUACUGGAGACAGAUCCAGCAUUUGCAAUAGCUAACAGUACAGCAUCAACCUUGUCAUCCCAGCAGCUUCUCCAGUUUGCAGCAGAUGUAGCCCGAGGCAUGGAUUACCUAAGCCAAAAACAGUUCAUACAUCGAGACUUAGCAGCCAGAAAUAUUUUGGUUGGUGAAAAUUACAUAGCGAAAAUUGCUGAUUUUGGGUUAUCUCGGGGGCAAGAGGUCUAUGUAAAAAAGACAAUGGGGCGGCUCCCAGUUCGAUGGAUGGCAAUUGAAUCUUUGAACUACAGCGUUUAUACAACAAACAGUGAUGUAUGGUCAUUUGGUGUUUUAUUAUGGGAAAUUGUCAGUUUGGGCGGGACUCCAUAUUGCGGUAUGACAUGUGCAGAACUCUAUGAGAAGUUACCACAAGGCUACAGACUUGAAAAACCUCUCAAUUGCGAUGAUGAAGUGCAUGAUCUAAUGCGACAAUGCUGGCGUGAGAAGCCAUAUGAACGACCGUCAUUCGCCAAAAUUCUGAUGUCUCUGACACGAAUGCUAGAGGAAAGAAAGACCUAUGUGAAUACAACACUUUACGAGAAGUUUGCCUAUGCUGGCAUUGAUUGCUCAGCUGAAGAAGCCGCAUGA